CUUAGACUUGGUUACUUUUGCCUUCGGGCAAAUUGUUUAACUUUUGCGUCUGUUUCCUUUUCUGUAAAUUAAGGAUUAUACUAAUAAUGUAUCAUACCUGUGGUAAACUUAAGAGGAAUGACAAGGAAAACAUUUACAAUAUAAGGACUCCGUAAGUGUCUGCUGCCUCAGCACAUUGUCCCAUGUUCAUUCUCAUUUGAAAGUAAUGGAAAGUUUGCUAACUUAACCCUAAUACACCAGAGAUAAAAAAUAAAAUACCUUUGCUGGCUGGAGAGACUGGACCUGGGUUCAAUUCCUACUCCCACAUGUGGCUCAGAAACCAUUAAUAACUCAAGUUCCGAGAGAUCAGACACUUUCUGUCCUCUGCAGGCAUUGCAUAUAAGUGGUGCACAGACCUUGUGAAUCUCGUGUGCUCUAAGUAUUCAUAUGCUCUUCAAGGUGUUGGAGGACAGUAAUUUACUGAUAAGAUCACUGCCACUGUAAUGAAGUUCAAAGACAGAAUAAUUCCAGUAUUUUAAAUUACGAUAAGCAUUUUGUGGUAGAAGUUAAAUACUAUUAUGAAAAUUGCUAUGAAUAUUAAUCUUUAACUGAAAUUCUAUCCCUGGGAUAGAAAUGAUCACUAGUCUGAAUUGGCUUCUGCCUUGGGGACCCUGGAUCUUGUCUGGCAGCUGUUUUUCUGUAUCCACUUCUUGCUGAUCCGUCAGUCACUUCAGAGACGUCUCAUUUAGCUCAAGAUGACCUCAAAAUUGCUCGAUAGGCAAAGCUUUUCUUGUGCUUCUUUGGUUCUCCUGCUUCCAUUUUCCUAAUGCUGGUAUUACAGCAGGUGACAUCUAAAGGCACUGGUUUAAAUCCUAAUGCCAAAGUAUGGCAAGAAAUUCCUUCUGGAAAUCCAGAUGGCACUCCUGUAACUGAAACAUCUUGGCAUGAAACUGCAGCCACAUCUGGAUCUCACCCCGAGGGCAAUACAGAACUUUCAGAGGAAAUGUGUAAGGAAUAUGAAGUAAUGUAUUCUCCAUCUUGUGAACCCACAAGAAAUACCGCAGACAUUGAAGAAUCAGCUGAUGGAAUGAUCUUAGGACCUGAAGACCUGAGUUACCAACUAUACGAUGUUUCUGGAGAAAGCAGUUCAACAAUUUCUACAGAAGAUUUAAAAGAAUGUCUGAAAAAACAAUUGGAAUUCUGUUUCUCACGAGAAAAUUUAUCAAAGGACCUGUACUUGAUAUCUCAAAUGGAUAGUGAUCAGUUCGUCCCAAUAUGGACAGUUGCCAACAUGGAAGAAAUAAAAAAAUUGACUACUGAUCCAGACUUAAUUCUUGAAGUAUUGAGAUCUUCCCCUAUGGUACAAGUUGAUGAGAAGGGAGAAAAGGUGAGACCAAGUCAUAAGCGCUGUAUUGUGAUUCUCAGAGAAAUUCCUGAGACGACACCUGUAGAGGAAGUGAAAGCUUUGUUUAAAAAUGAAAACUGCCCCAAAGUGAUAAGCUGUGAGUUUGCACACAACAGCAACUGGUAUAUCACUUUCCAGUCAGACACAGACGCACAGCAGGCUUUUAAAUACUUACGAGAAGAAGUUAAAACGUUUCAGGGCAAGCCAAUCAUGGCAAGGAUAAAAGCCAUCAAUACAUUUUUUGCUAAGAAUGGUUAUCGAUUAAUGGAUUCUAGUAUGUAUACUCAACCCAUUCAGACUCCAACCCAGUAUCCCUCGCCAGUCUUCAUGCAGCCAGUGUACAAUCCACAUCAGCAGUACUCAGUGUAUAGUAUUGUGCCCCAGUCUUGGUCUCCAAGUCCUGCACCGUACUUUGAAACACCACUGGCUCCCUUUCCCAAUGGUAGCUUUGUGAAUGGCUUUAGUUCACCGGGAUCUUAUAAAACAAAUGCUGCUGCUAUGAAUAUGGGCCGACCAUUCCAAAAAAAUCGUGUGAAGCCUCAUUUUAGGUCAUCUAGUGGUUCAGAACACUCAACAGAUGGAUCUGUGUCAUUGGGGGAUGGACCGUUGAGCAGAUCUAGUUCAAGGAUCUUUCUUUCUGAACGGCAUAACCCAACAGUAACAGGGCAUCAGGAACAAACUUAUCUUCCAAAGGAUGCUCCCAUUUUACAGAUGGAACAGAAUGGGGACUUUGGAAGAGGCAGGAGAACUCUCUUUAGAGGUCGAAGACGAAGAGAAGAUGACAGGAUCCCAAGACCCCAGCCUGCAGCAACUGAAGCAAAGGCUCCAGCUCCAAAGUUUGACUUACUUGCUACAAAUUUCCCUCCUCUACCUGGAAGCUCAUCAAGAAUGCCAGAUGAACUCGCUUUGGAGAACAGAAUGUCUGAUGUUGUUAAAGGUGUCUGCAAAGAAAAGGACAAUGAGGACUUGAGAGUUAGUUGCCCGGUGCCUGCAGAAGACGGACAGACAGACUGUGCUUCUGUGCCACAACUCAGCAUAAGUCCUAGUCCUCCAUGUACAGCUGAGCCUCCUGCAUUAAGCAGCACAACUCAGCAGGAGAAGGAUCAAAUGGAGGAUUCCGCUGCUCCAAAAGAUGUUCUCAAUCCAGUGCCAGUGCCAGUGUCUUCUCCAACUACUACAAAGCCAUCAAGGGCAAACACUGCUUCACCUUGCAAUAGUACCGUAAAUACACCUAUAGCUGUGGCCCCACAGGAACCUCGAAAGUUAAGCUAUGCUGAAGUGUGCCAGAAGCCUCCUAAGGAGCCGUCUCCGGUUCUUGUCCAGCCACUGAGGGAGCUUCGGUCCAAUGUAGUGUCUCCCACCAGAAACGAAGAGAAUGGAGCUCCUGAGAAGCCUGUUGAGAAGCCACAGGAGAAACCGGAAACAAGGGCUAGUAAGGAUCAUUCUGGCUUCCGAGGCAACACCAUUCCCCGGGGAGCAGCUGGAAAAAUCAGGGAACAGAGACGCCAGUUCAGCCAUAGGGCUGCACCUCAGGGAGUGACUCGACGGAAUGGGAAGGAGCAGUACGUGCCACCCAGAUCACCAAAGUAAAACAGCUCUAACAAAAACUACUCAGAAACUUCUCUUCCCACUAAACUUGAGCCGCUGUUGAACUGUUUUGAGGGGAGGAAGUAGCCAGGAAAGAAUGGGAAGUAUGUCCCCAAAUAUUACGGAUUUUGGAAUUGUGAGUAGGAAGAGCCCAAAAUUCAUCUCUAAAUGAUUUUCAAAUGCUGGAGGAUUCCAAUCAGUAUAAAUAUAUAUAAAUAUAUAUAUAUACACACAUAUAUAUAAAUAUAAUUUUUCUAUUUUUGUUUUUGAUUUUAAUUUGCAGGGAUUUUCUGCCUGGAAUCAAUUUUGAGGGUUCAGAUUUAGCUUGGGAGAGAAAACAAAAAACAUUAUACAUCCUUCAGUAUAGGAGAUGAGGGAGUGAGAGAAAAUAUUUUUUGAAGAAACAUUUCUGUAAAAAUUAGAAAUUACUUUUUUUAAUCUAUUUAAAGUUUGGCUUGAAGGAUGCUCUUCUGACUACAUGGCCUUGUGUUGCAGAGCAGAUGAGUGGCUGGGGGUCUGUUCUGGGUCUGAGUGUGUGCACAAGUGAUUGACGCCAAAUCUGUUGUCACGUAGAAAAUGAUUUCAAAGCUGAAUGUAAUACUUGAGUCGAUUUUCUUUGUAGUUUGGAAUUUAGGGGUUUUUUUUGUUUGUUUUUUUUUUGGUUUUUUUUUUGUUUUGACAUUACUAAUACUGUAUUGUAUGAGCAAGCUGUUGAGCUCUGAUUGUGUAUGAAGCUGUGACUACCAAUCAGUUUGAUAUUCAAGGAAAGCAUGGAGAUUAUUCAAGAAAAAAAAAUUGAAAAUUCUGUUUUAGACCUGAAUACUGGAUAGGUCAAAAAGAUUUCAGAGGUUCAAACUGCCCUGUGACUUUUUUCCUUUUUAAAAAUUUUUCUUGUUUGUUAGUCUCUGUUGUUAAGACUGUCUACCCCCAAAAGCAGAAUAACCAUUUACUGAACUGUGUGUUUCUUACUACUUUGACCAGUUUAAUCAAAUCUAUUAACUAUUCUAAGCUGCAUAAUGGAAUAUUGAAAGAUUUUACUCAGUUAGAAAUUAAAGUCCCAGGAUGGUACUGACCUGCCAGUAAUUUAAAGAAUGAGAUAGUUCUUCUCGAUGUGGGGGUGAAAAUCUCCAACUCUGGCCUCCAGAGGCAGGCGCGGCAGGUGGGUCUCGGCUCUCGUCCAUCCAGGACUCUACCUCUCUCUAGUGUCUGUCUAAGAAAAGAAAGAUGAAACCGUUAACUGUCUUAAAUGGUAUAAAAGAAAAACUCAAACAUUCAUUUGGGGAAUUUGUUUACAAUAUUUAUCCUUUUUCUUUUACUUACCCCCAAGUACAGUUUAGAAUUCACAGACGAAAAGGAUUUUUUGAGAUAAAGUGAAAAGAGGUUGAAGAAAAUAAAUGCAUAAUUUCUCGGUGAAUAAAGUUGUAGCUGUCAUACAUUAAAUAGGUAAAGUUACAUGCUGGUAUCUAGAAAACAGCUCAAAUAUGAAAAAACCAUGUUGCAUUAAUCUGUUUUAAGUCAGAUCAUUUUUACAGUUUUAUGUAGGGUGGUGGUUUAUUUUUCUUCUUAGGGAUAGUUUACAAUAGUAACAACUGUCCCUUACAUUAGUGAGUUACGUAUGUACAAAUUGAAACUGUAAAUUGUGAACACUGGAAAAGCACCAUUGUGACAUAAACAUCGUAGUAAUAUAUUUAAAAUGAAUGUAAAUGGAAGUUAAAUUACAUUACUGUGAAGCUUCACCUUCCACCUCUGAAGUGUCUGAGAUUUGUGUUCGUGGGUAAUUCCUAAGAGCUUUGGAAACACUGCACAGUCCGUGUAACCCGAGUUAUUAUUUCUUUGUAACUUAUUACUCAGCUUGGCGAGCGCUUUUGAUUUGAUGGAUUGAUAACAUGGUAUAAUAUAUUUACUUAGUUGGAAACAAUUAUUUCUACAUACUUUUUUUUUCCUAAAUAUCUGCUAGAUGAAACAUACAAUAAAACUACCUGUACUAACAUUUGGGAGAGCUUUAGAAAGUAUUAAUAAUUGUCAGCUACAUCUAUGAUAAAAGUGUUUAUUCUGGGUUACUUAGAAAUGAUAAACAUUUAAAGUGUUAACAUCUUAUGAAUGCAGUGGAUUAAUAGAAUAAACAUUUUGCAAAAAAUCACUUGAUAAGGAUUAUAAACUUUAUUUUUGCACUUAAAAUGAAAAAUACUGUUUUGUUUUCUCUAAAUGUGUCACAGAUGUAGUUUCCAAUUUCUUGCUGGUUUGUGUGACUUACCAAUAAUCCAUUACUUCAGGUUGGUUUUUGUACAGUGCUGCCCUUGAACCCAGGGCCUUGCAGAGACCCCAUGAGUGUCAUAGCACUGAGCUAUCCCUGCAACUCCUAAAGGUCUGGUUGAAAUUCAAGAAAAAUUUCCUCUUAAAGCAAGUAUAUUCUUGGGUGUUUUUUCUCCAAAUACUGAGUGUAGCAAUUUUUUAAAGCAUAGGAUUUUUAUUUCAGUUUCCCUCAGUAUUUGUAAGUAGCUCCAUUUGAAUGGGGGUGUGCGGGGAGGGUAAUGAGUAUGAAUGUGUGCUAUGUAUUCUCAGUGUGUAUUUGACAGUUACUUUACUGCAGCGUGUGUAAAUGAUGCCUGUGAGUCAUGUGAAACGUCAGAGUUUAUUCUCACCUCAUGGCUUGCAUUAUUGAAGGCCACACGUAGAUGAGAUGAUGCUGAUGUGCCCCACAGUAGUGCACCACAGUUCCCACUGCAUGGAGAGCACAGUUCACACAAGCUCAUCACGGCGCACUUCAGAGAGAAGGUGCUUAAAGGGGCUGGCAUGGCAAAACCUUCUCCUUCUGUCUUCUGUCUUGAUAUCUAAUCUUUAAUCUGAAUAAUUUCAGUUUUGCCAAUACUCAGUGGCGUUGAAAAGAUCUGUGUACAUUCUUCCCCGCCUGUGUUGGAGACAGACGAAACCUUCCAAUGACAGGGGUUUGUUGUCCUACCUGCAUAUCUUUCAUACAAUCAAAUGUUAUGCAGAAUUUUAAUUUAUUUUUAGUUCCUAAAGUUAAGGUAGCUUCAAUAUUAUUUCACAUUCCUUUUUCUUUUUAAAUAACCAGACUUGCUUUGCAAAGACUUAGGGGCGGAAUUAAGUUAGUAUCUUUCACUUAGGGUAAAGAGGACAAGAAAAUAUUAUUUAAGAGUUAGGAGCACUUUGUCUAGUUUUGUUAGUUAUGUAUGGCCUUAAUAAUCAGUCUCUUGGCUUAAAUGUUCACUGGUUUUGCUUUGACACAGUUGAACAGCACUGGGGUUCAGUUCCUGAUGCUUGUGUUGGCAAUAUAUAUUAACCAUAUUUUAAGAGUAUCAUUCUGGCUUUUUAUGGAAAAGAUAAAAAUCAAACAGUAUAUUCCUUUGAGGGUUUUUUUAAUACGUAAAUAUAUAUAAAUAUAAUAUAUGAUGGAUUUUUUCUAAUUUUUUAUAUUUCCUUACAAUUUGGUGGCUAUUAUUCUAACUACUCUUUGGCAUAUACUAAGUAGCUAGUCUGGGCUUUCAAGAAUAUGCAUGGGCAUUUCAGUUUUUAUUAGCUGAAUGAGGACAUUUUGAAUUCUCUUAAGUCACCUGAUUAUUAAAUAACAAUGUUUAUUUUUAAAACUAACAAUUUGUUGUGUCUUAUUACACAUUACACAGUCCUAAAGGUGCGGCUCUGAUGUCUGCGAGCUGUGGGCCAAGUAUUCUGUUAUCAGUUCUAUAGCACAGAACACUGACUAGAAAUGUAAAGAGAUACCCACACCAAUGUUCUGUUACUGUUUUUCCAACUGAUUCAGGUGUCCAUUGAGUGACGUAACUUAAAUGUUGGGGGAGUGGCGUGUCAGAACCAGUUAUCUGGCUUCUGUUUUGUCCAUAGCUUAGAUUUGUUCUGUUGUCAAAACUGUCCCCUGCCCUCCCCUCCCGUAACAAUGGUGUGACACAUACUCAUGCAUAAACUGUUAAAUGAGCAUCUUUGUAUUUGUAUUGUUUUCAACAUUGCCAAGGUGCUAUGGGAAAUUAAAAUUACAAAAUUAGAAAAAAUAAAAUUAUUGAAAAACA